GUUAAUAAUCCAGUUGCAUGGGAAGGAACAGCAUGUUCAAGAUACCAUUCCUAUAAAUAGUCACUUCAGAUGUGUUCAAGAAGCAGAAGAAACUCUUUUGAUUGAUAUUGCUUCAAACAGUGGCUGCAAAAUUCGGGUGCAGGGAGACUGGACCAGAGAGCGCCACUUUGAAAUUCCUGAUGAAGAACACUGUGUAAAGUUUCUCUCAGAAGUCCUUGCAGCUCAGGAAGCUCAAUCACAGCUUCAUGUUCCAGAACAAAAAGACUCAUCUAGCUGGUACCAGAAAUUAGACACUAAGGAUAAACCUGCUUAUUCAGGGCUGCUUGGAUUUGAGGAUAAUUUUUCAUCUAUGAAUUUCGAUAAAAAAAUAAACAUACAAAACCACCCCACAACAGCUCUUCGGGAACCACCCCCUCCACCUCCUUCAGUGAAUAGAAUGCCUUCUCGUGAAAAGGAAGCUUCAAACAAGGAACAGCCCACAGUGACCAACACCAUGCGGAAGCUAUUUGUACCCAAUACCCAAUCUGGGCAGCGAGAGGGCCUCAUCAAACAUAUCCUUGCAAAGCGAGAAAAAGAGUAUGUCAACCUCCAGUCUUUCAGAUUUUUUGUUGGAACAUGGAAUGUGAAUGGCCAGUCUCCAGAUAGCAGCUUAGAACCUUGGCUGAACUGUGAUCCAAAUCCUCCUGAUAUUUACUGCAUUGGAUUCCAAGAGCUGGAUUUGAGCACAGAAGCCUUUUUCUACUUUGAGUCUGUAAAAGAGCAAGAAUGGUCCAUGGCUGUGGAAAGGGGUCUGCCUUCAAAGGCCAAGUAUAAAAAAGUUCAACUAGUCCGCCUUGUGGGGAUGAUGCUUCUUAUAUUUGCCAGAAAAGAUCAGUGUCGCUAUAUCCGUGAUAUUGCUACAGAAACAGUUGGAACUGGAAUUAUGGGGAAAAUGGGAAACAAAGGUGGUGUUGCUGUGAGAUUUGUAUUUCAUAACACCACCUUCUGCAUUGUCAAUUCCCACCUGGCUGCCCAUGUGGAAGAGUUUGAAAGAAGAAAUCAAGAUUAUAAAGACAUCUGUGCAAGAAUGAGUUUUACAGUCCCCAAUCAGGCUCUCCCACAACUGAAUAUCAUGAAGCAUGAUGUUGUCAUUUGGUUGGGAGACUUGAACUACAGACUCUGCAUGCCUGAUGCCAAUGAGGUGAAAAGUCUUAUUAAUAAAAAUGACCUUCAGAAGCUCUUGAAAUUCGACCAGUUAAACAUUCAACGCACACAGAAAAAAGCCUUUGUGGAUUUCAAUGAAGGGGAAAUCAAGUUUAUUCCCACUUACAAGUAUGAUUCUAAAACUGACAGAUGGGAUUCCAGUGGGAAAUGCCGAGUUCCGGCCUGGUGUGACCAACUCAAAACUAGUGACCACAAACCUGUCAGCGCCCUGUUCCAUAUUGGGGUGAAGGUUGUCGAUGAACGGAGGUAUCGGAAGGUCUUUGAAGAUAUCGUACGCAUUAUGGACAGAAUGGAAAAUGACUUCCUUCCUUCGUUAGAACUUAGUAGAAGAGAGUUUAUGUUUGAGAAUGUGAAGUUUCGGCAGCUGCAAAAGGAGAAGUUCCAGAUCUGCAACAAUGGACAGGUUCCCUGCCAUUUUUCUUUCAUCCCUAAACUUAAUGACACCCAAUACUGCAAGCCAUGGCUUCGAGCUGAACCUUUUGAGGGCUACUUGGAGCCAAAUGAGACAGUGGACAUUUCUCUUGAUGUAUACGUCAGCAAAGACUCUGUAACCAUCCUGAACUCGGGUGAAGAUAAGAUUGAAGAUAUUCUUGUCCUUCAUUUGGACAGAGGCAAAGAUUACUUCUUGACCAUCAGUGGAAGUUACCUCCCAAGCUGCUUUGGAACAUCCUUAGAGGCUUUGUGUCGAAUGAAAAGACCAAUCCGAGAAGUUCCUGUCACCAAACUCAUAGACUUGGAAGAAGACAGCUUCCUAGAAAAGGAGAAAUCCCUUCUGCGGAUGGUCCCCUUAGAUGAAGAUGCCAGUGAGCAACCCCUUCAGGUUCCCAAGGAGAUCUGGCUUCUAGUAGACCACUUAUUCCGAUAUGCAUGCCACCAGGAGGACCUGUUCCAAACCCCUGGAAUGCAAGAGGAGUUACAGCAGAUCAUUGAUUGUCUGGAUACCAGUAUUCCUGAGACAAUCCCUGGAAGUAACCACUCUGUGGCUGAAGCACUGCUUAUUUUCCUGGAAGCCCUGCCAGAGCCAGUCAUCUGUUAUGAGCUCUAUCAGCGGUGUCUUGAUUCUGCUCAUGAUCCACGGAUCUGCAGACAGGUAAUUUCCCAGCUUCCAAGAUGCCAUAGAAAUGUUUUCCGCUACUUGAUGGCAUUCCUUCGUGAACUCCUAAAAUUCUCUGACUACAACAAUGUCAGCGCCAACAUGAUCGCUACUCUCUUCACUAGCCUUCUCCUAAGGCCUCCACCAAACCUCAUGGCAAGACAGACUCCAAGUGACCGCCAGCGUGCCAUCCAAUUCCUUCUGGUCUUCCUGCUUGGGAACGAGGAAGACUAAGUCUUUCCCUAUCUGAAAUUCUUGAAAAGGAAGAUCUUGGGCUCUGAGUAUUUCAGGAUUAUUUGAAAAGUCAUGACACAAAAAAAGGGCCUACUGCAGGAUCUUAAGUUCUGUUAAUAGUACAAAGGGAAGAGUUUCUUAAUCCCUCCUCACCAUAUCCUACAGAGCAAAAUCCUUUUAGACAUAUAUUGCCAAGCCAAAGUUACCAUAUUUCGGGGUUUUUUGUGUUUACUCUUUGUAAAGCAAAGAGGUCUGUAUUUACACUCCUUUACCUAGGGGUAUGUUUUCUGCCCUGCUUCCCAGUCAACAUAAUUCUCUUAAUACCCUGGGCCUAGAUUGUGAGGCAUUCCCAUUCUAGGCCUACAAGCACUACUUGCUGUAACUCAGACUUGUCUGUAGUCCUUUUAUAAUGCACUUUGGAUCCACCCUCUCCCCAUGUCACUACUUUGCACUCUUCCUCCAUUCGUGCUGUCACUUGGAAGGAGCCCUGGAUGAGGCUAGUGACUCUGUGGGUGUAGUCGACAGUGAAGCUCACUGUCUCCAUGCGAUUGUUACAUGUGUGUGUGCAUUUCUACUACAAUGAUGUCUAUGUGUCGCUGGAACAUUGGUCUGCUUUGGGAUCCACACCUGGUGGAGCCGUAUUCCCUUGUCUGUGAUCGUGUUUAGUUCCACAGUUGUAUGGACUCUAGAGAUGGCAUCCCACUGAUGCGAGGAAAGCACUGUGAGGAUUUCAGGAGUGAAAAUAUCCAUGCUCCACAGCUCCUGUUUCCUACUCCCCCUUACGUCUUUUAGUGUCCACACUUGACAUGAGGAGUAACCCUGGGUGUUAGGGAACCCAUCUCCCUCUAGAAACACACUUCCAGAAUAAUGUUUGCAUCACAGUCAAAAAGGGAGUCUGUGCACCUCAAGUGAGGUCCCCUGGACCUUCCCUCCUCUCCCAGACCAAGUAUUGAGGGUAACCCUCAGAAUCAUUUCUCCUAUCUUCUGGCAUUGCAGGGGAAGACAUUGCUCUCUCUCAGCAGGGCUGACUCUGGGCUCCACUUCUGGCUCCUUCAAGUAAAGAAUUUAAAGACUGCCCUUGGCUCCUAAACACUAUAUCGAGUGCUGUGUAAGAGAAACUGGUCAGUGGGACCAGCCACACACACAUUACCUCUCCCACCUGAAAUGACUCCAAGGUUUUCAUUUUAUUCAAGAUUUGUGGGACAGACAGACUUUCUAAAACCUGAUAUGUUGGUUAACAAAAAAGCCACCAGCUACUGACUGCAAACUGCCUGAUGAAAUUGGUUUGCUUGGUUUUCUUUCAUCGAAACCAACCCAAGUUGUGUCAUUCUUGCCUGUUAACAUUGGGUGUAACGAGCUUGUAUCAGGCUGUGUGUACAGUCUUGGGUACUGAUUCCAUGACUCUUGUAGCAUCUAAGGAGAGGGCCAGGGAAACAUCUACUAUCAAAUGGUUUCCCAGUUCCCUCGUCUCCUCCAAAUUGAGUUCUUUGGAGAACAAAAAGUAUGUACCCUGCAAUAGACCACUUAAGCCCUUACCCAAUUGGGAGUUGGGAAAUAAAAGAAUUGGUGCCAGCUCACUGAAGAUCUGAUUGGGUCAACAGUUGGUUAGUGGAAGACAGAGAGCAGAGAGCAAAGUUUUGUCAUGUCUGUUAGGCUAGAAAGUAAUCACUAAAAAAGCAGAUGAUAACAGCUGGGGCAAGGUGGUCCACAGGAAAAGCCUUUCCUGUGUGUAUUCUGUAAUAUCUUGCCAACCUGGGGUCUUUGGGUGAGCAGGACUAUGGUUAGUAGGGCUGGCUCUGUGGAGCAUGCAUGUAGUGCCCUUCCUUCAUCAGGCCAAAGCACCAAGUUGCUUCACUGCCUCACCUUUUGUUCACCUAGGCCUAGGAUGUAUAUGGGGUUGAGGGUUUUGGACAAUCUCCAGAUAGGGGAUACAAAACAGAUCAGAUGAAGAAACCUGCUUUCCUAUGCUGGUUUCCUAUCCAGCACCCCAACUUCUAACCCCUCAUGCCUCCAAGGUACUGUUUCAUAGUUCCUCUGAAUUAAGGCUUUCAGAUCCAACUGGUAGGGAAAGACUGAGCACCUAGUGUCUUAGGGCAGAAAUUAUUCAAAUCUAUUGGAUGAUAUUGCAUUAAUUUCCAUUUCACUGUUUUCUGAUUCUUAAUCUAAAGUUCUACAUUAUAUUUCACAAAAAUGUCUUGGUCACUAAGCAAAGCUGCUAGUGGGAUUCUGUAUUUUGUGUCAUCUUUUUUAUUAUAAUUUAUUGCAAUUUUCUGAAUAAAUAUAUGUUGUGUGAAAAAUCA